GGAGUUUCGCGCUCGACGCUCAUCAGCGCCCCCUGCCGGCGUGACGUCAUGAAACCCGGAAGUGAACCCACCGGGAUUACAGCAUGACCGACCAUGGUUAAGUUUUAUUUAUUAGCAACUGCUUUGUGUUUUAUCCAACAUGGAAACGCACAAGAAGAUUGUUUUCCAUCUGAAUGGCUAAAGUCAGUGUCGAUGUCUAUGAAGAUUUCCAAAGCCGGAUUUCACAGAGAUCUUCAUUACAGUGUUCAUUGGAGCAAAAUAGAUCAUGAUGUUCAAGCUCUACUAGUCCAAAAGCUGCCCAGUGGAGUUUAUAUGGAUGAAUAUCAGCUGGAAACACUAAGACGUGACACGGGUUUGGAGGUUCUUCUGGACUCAAAGGUUGAUCUGGAAGCUCCAGAGUAUUUGUCGUCUGGUUUCACGGCGCUGGUUUUUCUCUCUGGGAAACACGAGGUUGUGGUUCCCGUUCACGGGCGAUAUCACCGACCGUCAGACUCCAGCAAAUGGGUGAAAGUAGACAUUGAGUCACCCAGACUUCUGCUUAGAUCAGACCAGUGCCAGACACUGAGUCCUGGUGUACGUCAUGUAAUGUUUGAUGCUCCAUGUACCGUCAGCAACCACAGCAUCUGCUCAUGGAUAGAGAUCUUGCAUCUAGAGGAUAAUGGUGGAGUGAGUCUGGAGAUCCCGGUCGGUGAUUCGUCGAUGAUCGUCACUGUGUGUGUCGUUACUGUGCUGACGACUGUAUUGAGCUGCGCUUACCUGCUCACAAACAUCUGGAAACACGGCAGCUUUUGAUCACAGUCUAAUGGAAAGCAAAUUCUCAGAUUUCUGAGCCAGUGUCACUGUUUUCAUGUUUUCACACUGUUACUGUAAAAUUAAAUAAAAGGAGUUUUAGAUAAUGUACAUGAAUAAAUAUGUUAUCAUAGUGGAUUAAUAAUAAUUUAUUACUGCAAAAUGUUUCUAAAAUUGUGAAUAAAACUGAA